AUGGCCACCAAGGAAAAACUUCAAGAAAUUUCUAAUAUAGUUACUCAACAUACCGAUUUAAUCACUGAGAUCAAAACUGAGAUUCAAUCUCUGGGUGAUAAGAUGAAUCUUCUUAUUAAUUUGUUUCAAUCGGUGCAAUCUAAUCAUCCUGAAGUGUUUGGAUCUGAGACUCAACAACCAUAUCCGGGAAACCCAUUUACAGAUCUUCAUCAGGUGAUUCAUAAUUUCUCCAAUACUGAAUCUCGUAAGUUCACUCGUACCCCCAAGGUUGAUUUCCCACGUUUUAAUGGUACUAAUCCUCGUGGUUGGGCUCUUAAAUAUGACCGGUAUUUUGGUUUACAUAAAUUUCCUGAUGAUGAACGUGUUGAUAUGGCUGCAAUUCAUUUCAAUUCAUCAGCCGAUUCAUGGUUUUUAAAUUACCAACAGGGUAAAGAGUUUAUUUCAUGGGAUACCUUUAAACAUGAUUUAUGUGCUAGAUUUGAGGAUGUUGCUCAGGAUAAUUAUGUUGGUAGUUUCAAUAAACUAGCCCAAACCACCACUAUAGAGGAUUACUAUGAUCUUUGGGAGCACUAUAAGAGCUUUAUGAUAGCUAAUAGUCCUUACCUACCUAAGAGUUUGUAUACAUUGAGCUUCAUUAGUGGGUUAAAAGAGGAGAUACAUACAGUUGUACAAAUGUUCAAACCUGAAAAUACUGCAACAAAUUUUUAUUUGGCUAGGCUGCAACAGGCUUCUUUACAUCACCAGCCUAAACCAACUAAAUCCUUCUCUAGACCAUUUGUACCUUCACCACUUUCUGUUUCCCACCCACCAUCUACAAUCAAACCAUUUUUCUCUCCAUCCUCUACCCUUACCAAGCACAAUACAUCCUCAUCAACUCCCAUUGUAACUCACCCUCCUACACCUACUAAAACAUCACCGGACAAUUCUCUUCCUCCUGUUAAGAGACUCACUCAUGCACAAAUGCAGGUGAGGAAAUAUAAGGGGAUUUGUUACAAUUUUGAUGAGUUCUAUAGACAGAGUCACAGAUGUAAAACUCAACAAUUGUUCAUGCUCAUUGCUGAUGAAGACUUAGAGGACCAUGGAUCCUUGUCUACUGAAGAAAUCUCUGAUACAUAUCCUUCGGCUUCUGAUUCUACAAUUGAGAUUUCCUUACAGGCCUUGACAGGAAAUAUUGCUCAUGACACUAUUAGAAUCUCUGGUCAUCUCAACAAGCAUCCUGUGGUUGUACUUAUUGACACAGGAAGCACCCAUAACUUCAUUGAUGCUGCCUUAACUUCCAAAUUGGGUCUUCAUGUUUCUCCCACUGGCCACAUGCUUGUUACAGUUGCUAAUGGAGACAGUACAAUCAACAUGGGUAUUUUCCAUCAUCUCAACUGGGAAAUGCAAGGACAUCAAUUCUCUUCAAACUUACAAGAUCUUCCUCUUGGUGGUUGCGAUAUUGUUUUGGGAGCAGAUUGGUUGCGACAACUUGGUGAUGUUACCUUUAACUUCAAUAAGAUGAGCAUUUCUUUUAUACAUCAAGGCAACCCAAUCGCACUUCAGGGUACUACUUCUAAACCUUAUCUGAGUCUCAUUAGUGCUUCUUCCUUAAAGAAGUUUAUUAAGAGUAAUACCCCUACACUCAUAGGUCAAUUUUUCUAUAUUUAUGUUACCCCUGUACUUCCACCACCACUUGCAGUCUCUGCUCUUCUAGAUACUUUUUCAGAUGUUUUUGCAGAUGCUACUGGACUUCCUCCUUCUAGGUCGCUUGACCAUCAAAUCCCACUUAAAACAGGGCUAAUCCAACUUCUCAAAGACCAUAUAAGUGGCCUUAUGUCCAUAAGCCUGUGGUCGAAUCAUUAG